CACAAACUCGCUGAUCGCUUGCCACUGUCACACCUUCCGCUGCCGGACUCGCCCACGCCGGGUCGGAUGAACGAAGUCAGUAAGUCGGACCUUACUUUGGAAGCCGUCCUCCCACUGGCGCCGACACGUCGCGUAGGAGUUUUCUUUUUUUGGUUUUUGGUUGGUUUUUUUUCCCGCCGAGGGCUGAGACAUCUAUCGGGACACGCGAGAAGAUGUUGCUGAAGGAGUACAGGAUAUGCAUGCCUCUUACUGUGGAGGAGUACCGCGUCGGGCAGCUGUACAUGAUCAGCAAACACAGCCAUGAGCAGAGCGAUCGAGGGGAAGGUGUGGAGGUGGUCCAGAAUGAACCCUAUGAAGACCCCAAUCAUGGCCAGGGACAGUUCACAGAGAAACGCCUCUACCUCAACAGUAAACUUCCUAGCUGGGCUCGAGCUGUGGUUCCUAAAAUCUUUUACGUGACAGAGAAGGCGUGGAACUAUUACCCUUACACCGUCACAGAAUAUACUUGCUCCUUCCUUCCAAAGUUCUCCAUUCACAUAGAGACCAAAUACGAGGACAACAAAGGCUCCAAUGAUAAUAUAUUUCACUCCGAGCUGCAGGACCAGGAGAGGGAGGUGUGUUUUGUCGACAUUGCCUACGACGACCUCCCUGAACGCCAUUACAAAGAGUCAGAGGACCUGCGAUACUUCAAGUCAGAAAAGACGUCGAGAGGCCUGCUUCAGGAGGGCUGGAGGGACACGCAGAAUCCCAUCAUGUGCUCGUACAAACUGGUCACGGUCAAGUUUGAGGUGUGGGGUCUGCAGACACGUGUGGAGCAGUAUGUGCAUAAGGUGAUUCGGGAUAUCUUGCUGCUUGGACACAGGCAGGCUUUCGCUUGGGUGGAUGAAUGGAUUGACAUGACAAUGGAUGAAGUGAGAGAAUUUGAGCGGACAAUCCAGGAGGCCACCAACCAGAAGAUCGGAAUUUUUCCCCCGUCCAUCUCCAUCAGCGAGACGCCAUUGUCCUCCUGUGCCCUCACCGGCCCCGCCAGCGCCCCCACCACCCCUUUGUGCACAGAUGCGCCCGAUUCCCUCUCCGUCCCCAAAGACCGGCCCCGUAAGAAGUCCGCCCCGGAAACCCUGACUCUCCCUGAUACGCCUCCAAGUGAUGUACAGCAGGGAUCUACUCCAAGGCCAUUACCUUCCUCAAAUGACCUCCAGUCCUCCACGCUGCCUUCCUCCAAUUCUGAUCUUGUUGAAAUGGGGGAACAGUAGACCGACCUUGGAACGUCUUCCCCCUGCACUUCCCAUUGAGUUAAGUCUACCCGCCAAAGACUGGUGCCCGAAUGUUGACGCGAUCUACAGCCAUCCCUAGCUAAAGACAGCCAAGUCAUGAUUAUACACACACCUAAACACCCUAAAAGCAAGUUUAUGGUAUCUUAUUCUUUUGUUUUUUUCAAAAAGUCUCACAUUCCCAUUUAUACAGAGUUGCUAACAGUCUAAUUGUUAUGCUAGGCCAGUACCAUGCGCUGCUUGUCCAGUCUUACUCAAAAGCUGACUUUUGAAUCUUCCACUCAGCUUGUACAGGGUUUGGGUUGACUGAGUUCUAGAUGAGUGGGUCCCUGCUGAUCACGGCAUAUUGGUGAAAGACUCGUUAUCAAGCGCAUUCGCAGCAACAGCCCUGUGUUCUGCACAAUCAUGAAAUUUUACAGUGACAAUGUGAAUGAUCGACCUCUUUUCACUUAGUCAAACCGUCCUCUAAAGACAGGGGUGUCCAAUUAAGUACUAUAAAUCAGCCUACGUUUUGGUAAUACAACACACAAACCAACUGGACAUAACCUACGGCAAUCAUUUAAGUACCGUAUUGACCUGGGUAUAAGCGUCUCUUUAAGACCUGUUUUUUGGAAACAAUAUUUCGAAGUAAGAGUCAAAAAACAAUUAUCUCCAAGUCAUGUUAAAUAACUGGUAGAUUACAAUAUAUUAUGCAGUUGAUGGGUUGGCUUCAUGAUCACCAUGAUCUUAAAGUUGGGUCACACAAAGAAAAUAUCUGACUGUCUUUAAGGGAAGUCCUUUGGCAACCACCUUCUGGUUUGCACAUACAAAUCCAGACUCUGAAUAUCAGGUCCCAUUGACUUUUUCCACGGGAAAAGUGUUAUACUCGGGUCGAUAUAGUCAAAGUAAAAACACCCUUAAAGGGAAACUUCGGUUUUU